ACAAAUCAACACAAGAAGAUUAGAUCAAGAAGGCCCAAGCCACAUCUCAUUAUCUCGUUUCCCGAGAAAGAGCUCGUCCAAGAACGCUCAAGAAAGUUCAGUCAUGGCUGCUCAGUCAAUCCUCACAUGCUCCUUGCCUUCUCGACCUCUCUUCUCUCCGUCGUCGAAACCCCAAUCGCUCGUCUCCUCUUCUUCUUCUCCUCGUCUCCCCUCCUCAUUCCGCGGCGUCUCCAUUAACCUCCACCGCUGCCGCUCGGUUUCCUUCUCCGGCGGAUCUCCGGCGAGAUCGCUCACCGUGGUUGCGGCCGCGAAGAAGGCUGUGGCGGUGCUCAAGGGCACCUCCCAGGUUGAAGGGGUCGUCACUCUGACCCAAGGCGACGACGGUCCGACGACCGUGAAUGUUCGCAUCACCGGUCUCACUCCAGGGCCUCAUGGAUUUCAUCUCCAUGAGUAUGGUGACACAACAAAUGGAUGCAUCUCAACAGGAGCACAUUUCAAUCCAAACAGCAUGACACAUGGAGCUCCUGAAGACGAAAUCCGUCAUGCGGGUGACCUGGGAAACAUCAUCGCCAAUGCCGAUGGAGUGGCAGAGGCAACAAUUGUGGACAAUCAGAUUCCUCUGAGUGGUCCAAAUUCAGUAGUUGGAAGGGCCCUUGUGGUUCAUGAGCUUGAGGAUGACCUCGGAAAGGGUGGACAUGAGCUUAGUCUAACCACGGGCAAUGCUGGGGGAAGAUUGGCAUGCGGUGUGGUUGGAUUGACUCCUCUGUAAGUCUCAGUUUCGGCCACUGCUAUUACUACGGCAAAAGGGGUUGGAUCUGGGAACAUGAUCUGUUCUGUUCUGUUUGAUUUUGAACUGAUGAGCUCGUAAUGAGAUAUGAGCCAAACCGUUAAUGUUAUAUUGAUAAGUUAGAUACCAACUGCCACUAACUGUAUUUUCAGAAUGUGUUUAUUUGGUGGGACAUUUUGAUUUUA